UGUAGUCCAUGAGAGGGAUGUGAUGAUGAAAUUCUGUAAUCCGUGAGGGGGAUGUGAUGAUGUCAUUCUGUAGUCCGUGAGGGGGAUGUGAUGAUGUCAUUCUAUAGUCCAUGAGAGGGAUGUGAUGAUGUAAUUCUGUAGUCCAUGAGAGGGAUGUGAUGAUGAAAUUCUGUAAUCCGUGAGAGGGAUGUGAUGAUGUCAUUCUGUAGACCAUGAGAGGGAUGUGAUGUUGUCAUUCUGUAGUCCAUGGGAGGGAUGUGAUGAUGUCAUUCUGUAGUCCAUGAGAGGGAUGUGUAAGGAGGAGGACUAUGCGUUCCUGGGAGAGAAGGGGAAAAGCCACAAGGAGACAGACACGCUGGGAGAAGACUGGAAGGAAGACAAAGUGGAGAGGGUGCGGCGGCGUCGGGAGCGAGUGCAGCAGGAGCAGGACAGAAUCCGAGACCUGGAGGAGAGUAGGAAGGAAAAGGAGCAGCUGUGGCGUCAUCAUGUAGCAGAGUUGGCCUCCACUCAGGAACAAAGACUCAGAGAAAGACUGGCACGACUCCGUCGCUUCAGGGACUUCCAGAGGAGUGUGCUAGCAGAGGAGAUGUCCCUCCAGACAGACUCUGAGUCCAGCCAAGCCCUGGACCAGCUGCUUACCAGGAUCUAGACAACAUAGACCUGCAGGAAAGACCCAUUUCACAACCAGUUCACAGACAACCUGUCCCUUCUAAUCAGUAUAUAUAUCUAUAGUCAUCUCUCUCCACUUGUCUGCUGUUCAGUCUACAGAGUGAUCUAGACUGUAUAGAUCUAUAGUCAUCUCUCUGUAUUAAUAAUAGGAGCAGUAUUAGUAAUAGGAGCUGUAUUAGUAAUAGGAGCUGUAUUAGUAAUAGGAGCUGUAUUAGUAAUAGGAGCUGUAUUAGUAAUAGGAGCUGUAUUAGUAAUAGGAGCUGUAGAAGCUGUAAUAGUAAUAGGAGCUGUAUUAGUAAUAGGAGCUGUAUUAGUAAUAGGAGCUGUAUUAGUAAUAGGAGCUGUAUUAGUAAUAGGAGCUGUAUUAGUAAUAGGAGCUGUAUUAGUAAUAGGAGCUGUAUUAGUAGUAGAU